GUGAAUGCAAAUCUUCAAUGAAAUGUUUUGGUUUUGUUUAGUCUGAGGAGGCAGAACAGAGGUUGCCGUCGGAAGUUGUGUACAUGUUGAAAAGUGUCAGGUUAGUUUAACCCAGAGAAAACUAUUGUUGUCAUCUCUGGGGCGGAUCUACUUGGGGGGGGAGGGGUGUUGCGUACCUCACCUAGUCGUGUCUAGUACACCCUAAUACAAGACCAUUUCGCAAACAAGACAAUUCAUUUUUGACAUUUCUUGAUAACUAACGAUUGUAUUAUUUAUUUAUUUCAGAGUGUUCGGCCAUUUUGAGAAGCCGUUAUUUAUUGAACUAUGCAAACAUAUCGAGACAAAAUUUUUGCCUGCAAAUACAGUCCUGUCAAGCGAAGGAGUUGUAAGUAUUUCGAAUAGCGGAGGAAUUUUACCUCAGUGGCACGAGAAAAGAGUACAGGGGUACUCUCAUUUUGAGAACACAGGCACGGCUUGUUUUUUUCAGAUCCCUAGGGAGAACAAGUUAGAACAGAUGGAGCUGUACACACUAUAAAAAUAGAAUAUAAAGUUAGUUGAUUAAGUUUUAUAGUAUCUACAUUCAACAAACCUUAACUAUCGUAAAUAAUUUUUUUAAGCACCAAGAAGGCUUCAAAUUUUUUGUGUAAUAUUUAGUGCAUUUUAAUAAAGUGUUGUUAUAUAAUCGUAUAUUGUAAUGACAUCAUCCAAAAUGCAAAAGUAACAUUCUUGUUUGAGAAAACAGUUGUGGUAAAAAUGUUUCUGACUGUUGGUUAUGGCAAGAUACAUUUAUUUUGACGUAGGAAUUUUGCAUAGUAUAUCAAGAUUUUGGGCACUGACCUCGUUCGAUAUAACUGACCUACCGGGAACAGCAACAAAAAGUGCAACUUUAGGCCCUCAUUUUUCAUAGUGGACUUCCAUGAAGAACAGUUGAGAACAGAUAUAGCUAUCCAGUAUAAAUACAGUACAUAGUCAAACUACUUAAGUUUUCUCCUGGGAUAACACUGGACCAGUAAGCGAUGGCGGCUACUAGGAUCUGUACGAAGAACAGUUUAGAACUGCUGGUUCUAUUCAGUUGAAAUGCUUUUUGGCACACAUUUAUACGGUUCUGUAUUUUUGUUCCAGGUUGACAGCAAUAUUUAUGUAGUACAGAGUGGACUUCUGGUCGUUUCUAUCGUUGAAAAGGUACAUCAUCCAGCUUUGAUUUUUCCCCAGACUCUUUAUAUACAAGGUGACAGGUUAUCUUGCUUUAAUUAUUACGUUUAAAGGUUUUCUGUUUUUGUAUUUAUAAAGAUCAGGCUUUUAGCUGUGAAAUGACACCUUUAUCGAAUCAUUGCGAUAAAGAAUGACCAAAUGUGAUCUGACUUAAAGUGGUCGAAAUCGCAUUAUUCGAACAUUUGCCCAAAUGCUUGUUGCCCAUAUUUGAGAAACGUACGGCAUUGAGAGUUCAGUCUGCAGACGUCCAGUUCUGUAAAAUGUUUUAGUCACUCAAUUUCGAUGUAAAAUCGCGAGUAAAAGUUUAUCAAAACUUGAUGCUUAUGCGUUGGACUUCAAUUUAAAUCCCAAAUGAGAAUAGUUUCAAUAUACUAAGACAAUAGCUUUACAUGCAAUUCACAACGGUGGAAAAAUGCGAUUUAGACCGGCAUUUUUAAAUCGGAUUGUAUAUUUAACUCUUGAUCGCAAUGAUACAAGAAAGGUAUCAUUCGACAGCUAAACGUCUGACCUUUAUUGGUAUGAAAAAAGUAAAUGGAUAAACGUAAUAUACAAAUUAAUGCACUAUAAUAUGCCAAAGCUGCAUGGAUUAUCUUUUUUUAUACACCCUGUACAGAGCCAUAUUUUGAAAUAUCAAUCACGUUUUCUUUCAGGACGGCACGAAGCUGGCGUUGAAAAACGUUACUCCUGGCAACAGUGUUUUUAGUAUGCUGGGGAUUUUAGAUGUUUUAACGGUAUGUUGAAGGAUGAAUAGGACCAUACAUGUGCUUCAGUUACCCUAUGAACAAUAGGGUCGUUAGCUAGCAGGAUGGCGACGCGGAUGUAAUGUAUUAUAUAGGCUGGCGAUGGAUUUCACUUAAAUUUCACUUUCUACUUUAUUACUGUGGCUAUAAAGUAGUACCUGUACUGUAUGCCAGCUUUCGGCAUACCAGCUUUCGGCAUACAUGUUGUACCUUACAGCCAGUGUUUUAUAGCAUUUGGUCCGCAGAGAGGCACAUUUGGAGUAAGGGGGCAUGCAUCAGUCACACCUCAACUGUAUAUGUACAAGGAUAAAAUAUACUAUUACCAGCAGACAAUUUAAUAAAAUACAAGAAAAAACAUACUCCGAAGAAUAACAUCUUGUAAACUCAAGAUAUGAGCUAUAACACAAGACAACAGUUUUGCGGUGAUAUUUCGACUCAUUUUGACAAUGACUUUGAAAUAGAGUCGAAAUAUCACUGCAAAAUUCUUGUCUUGUGUCAUAGCUCAUAUCUUGAGUUUACAAGAUAUUAUUCUUCGGAGUAUGUUUUUCCUUGUAUAAAAUAUACUGGUUAGAAGACGUCUAUCAGUUUUAAUCUCUUUUCUCGAGAGGUCCAGUUAAGGACCAUCAUCCAUUAUUGGCGUAAAAUUAGUGUUCUUUCUAAAGAUCCAGUAAGUGUCGUCCCCAAAAUGCACGUAAGAAUCUCACAGCCUGUCAACAAGAUGUGUUCGCAUUGCAUGCUUGUCCCCAGUUGUUGACAAGUCUGGAACAAGUUCCUUUCAUCUUGUAACAAGAUUGAUGAGGCCAGCAGACUCGCGACAAGCUGUUCCAACAAGUCUGACACUGUAUGGUCUGCACGUAUGCAGCAAGUUGUUAUAACAAGACGAUGACAAUUACAAGCUCGUAGCAACUUGUUACAAACAGCCUGUAUUAGUAGCAAGUCUGUUAUCGGCAUCAACUUUGUAAGAUGAUGAUGACAACUUGUUCCAGACUUGUCACAACAACUGGGAACAAGCAGUGCGAACACAUCCUGAUAUCGGCUUGACAACAACCUUGUUGCAACUUGUUUCCAGAUCUGUAACAAUUAACGUGCGCGUUUUUACGUGUGUAGUGCUAUAAAUUCUAUUUCAGAACCAUCCUCAGACAUACGAAAAACUAGUUUCAUAUUAAUCUGACACUGCAAUCGACCAACGAAAAAUUCGUUGGCUAGAGCGGGAACUCGCAUCUUCGGGUAUCUAUAGACCGCCGCUCUACCUAUUGAGCUAUCGAGUCAACAGGGAUUGGUAGCGAGUCUUAUCCAAUUUAAGUGCACGAAAUAUUUUCGUGACGACUUAAACGCUUGUCUUAGAGGACGCGCAGUGUUUCAAUUCUAUUUCAGAACCAUCCUCAGAGAUACGAAAAACUAGUUUCAUAUUAAUCUGACACUGCAAUCGACCAACGAAAAAUUCGUUGGCUAGAGCGGGAACUCGCAUCUUCGGGUGUCUAGACCGCCGCUCUACCUAUUGAGCUAUCGAGUCAACAGGGAUUGACACCCGAAGAUGCGAGUUCAAAUCCCUCUCGAGCCAACGAAUUUUUCGUUGGUCGAUUGCAGUGUCAGAUUAAUAUGAAACUAGUUUUUAGUACUAAAAACGCUCUGGUGUUUGGUAGAAGCUCUUUUUUCACCUGCAACAUUAUAAUCACACAACUGCACGUGGCAGAAAUUGAAACCCGAUGGCAUACUGUAGGUGUAAGACAUUAACCACAACACUUAGCAAAACCUCAGGCAGUAAAAUAUAGAGUCUUAUACAGUAGAUAUAAUGUCUUUUGAUUGCAGGGGACGUCACAAACGUACGAACACAAGGUGAAAGUCGUCGCGUCUGUCGAUACGUAUGUUUUAAAGUAA